AUGGCAACAUAUACUAACAUAUCAGAUAUAGUAUCACAUUCUUUCCCCGCUACUUCUUCCCGCACAAUCGUCACGCACAUCACUCGACCAUUCACUGCUCCCAAAUCUACCCGCAGCCAGGCUAGUUUGCAGCCUCAGCAGUCCGCUCCAGCAGGACAAGCUGAUUCUCUCCCACUCACUAAUCUACCAUAUUUUAUCCGCCGAACCCCUUCGAACCAACUACCCAUUUACCUCGUUACCAAGGCCGGCGGAACCAAGCAGGAGACUCGACUCCGUAAGACAGAAGGAGACCUUAAUGCUCUUCGAGAUGAUUUGGUGAAAUACCUUGGCCUUGAAUCUAAGCCAUCGGAGGUAUAUAUCAACCAGACGAACGGACACAUUACAAUAAAGGGAUGGCGAAAGCCAGAAGUUACGCAAUUCCUCCUUGAUCGACGAUUCUGA